AGCAUGGCAACCCCCGCGUACGUCGAGGAGCGAUGUUGGCGGCGCGAGGGUGCGUUAGUCCGCGUGGAGCGGCGCGUUGGCUUGGCUCGCCGAGUCUAGGGAGCGUCGGUCCUCCCCGCACCCGGCGCCCGCCUCAGGCGCUUGCGCAGGCGGGUCCCGGCGGGGGGCGGUAGAGGCGGCGCGGGCGCAUGGCGCUGCUGUACCGGGCGACGCGGCUCAAGGACCGCGCCGACACCCACGUGUUCACCUUCGUGGUGACGCGCUCCGCCACGCGCGAGCCCGACCGCGAUGUCACCUCCAAGGACUUCUGCUGCGCGCACCAGCGCUGGGCAGUCGCCUUCAGCCGCACGGAUGCGUCGCUCGGUGUGUACUUGGUAUGGCGCGGCGCGUGCGAAGGCAUGCGUGUGUACGUCGAUUUCACGUUCACACUACUUAGCCGUGAUCACUUCACGGCAAAUGAAGGGUUUUCUGGCAAACAAGUGCGCUUCAGCGCAGGCUGCGCAGCGCAAGGAAGGGGUCGUUGCGUUUCCAUCGCAGAACUCAAUACCAAGUUCGCAGAUGCGCGUGGAGAGUUUCAACUUGAGCUCAGCAUGUCAAGAGUGCGCACUCUAUACUCCUGUGAACUGCGCGCACCCCGCCUUGAUACUCCACCCAUAGCGUUCGCCGGCUUCGACUGGCAAGUAUCGGCUACAGGCGGUGGUGGCAAAGAGCCGCUGACUCUGCGGCUCAUGAGAUUAUCUGGUGAAGGACAGCGAUGCCGAGUUAGAUAUGCUCUUGCUCUCGGCGAGGGCGAGAGGAGAUUACACUCGGGUCCACUUGAAUGUGUGUGUGACGCUGAUGGCCGCACACCGCCUUGGAAUCCUCGCCCACCAUCACGGCUUCUAACUAAAGGUGUUCGGCUGACGGUAGAGCUGGUAUGGGCGCGUGCUCUGGCCGAGCUGGCAGUGCCGGCUGCGGGUCGUGCGGCUACUUGCUACGACCGCGACAAGCAAGCGUGGGCAGUGCGCUGCGAUAUGCACUCGGAGAUGGUGCGCUUGCACAUGCUAUAUCGCGACGUGCAUCAUGUACCACGGAACCACUUGCGUUACGUCAGCUGGUCGGCCUGGCUGGUGCGGACGGGAGCGGCGGCCGGGGAGCCCGAUGCUGAGGAACUACCCGGAGCACCCUUCGAACACUACUAUGCACAAGACAGUGCUGAUGAAGGGUUGAUGAUGGAAACCGCACUGCGCGUCGAGGACAUGUCGCGUCCCGGCAGCGCUUUCUUGCACCCCGGAGGUGAACUACGUGUACGCCUCGAGUGGGGCGAUACUUAUCUACUUUUUCAAGCUACUUAUCAUGUCUAUGAUGACCUUUGUCGGCUACACGCGCAUCAAAUGAGGCGCGAGAUAGCCGUACUUCAGGCGGAGAACUACUCACUGGAGAGGCAGCUGUUCAGCUACCAGAAGAGCCUGGCAUACGCGCAGGCGCAGGCGGGCGAGCCGGCGGUGGCGGAAGCGAGCGGGCGGCGCUCCCCCGCGGAGCGCUCGCUCUCCACCGACACGGAGUAUGCGUGAGACGGGCCUGAGGACCUAUUCUUGUCGUCACCUUUGACGUCGCCCGUUCUCUCCUCUUCUAUCUUUUCGACUGAUUCUGACGUUUUUGAGCGAUUUAUCUAUUUUUCUAGACGUUUUAUGGCGAGGUGCGCCCUCGUCCGCACCGCUUUCCGCCGGUCGCCUGCACUCUCGCCGCUCGAUUCUAUCGAUAGCCGAUAAUUAUACUCGACUACUUUUCUAUUUGUCUGUACAUAAAAUAUAUUUAGAAGAUAUUAUAUAUUAUGUAUAUUUCUUAACUUGAAACUCGAAUUCAUAUACUGCAACAGUCGAUUUAUGAAUAAAAAAAGUCCGUAAAAUAAAUACCAAUUUUGUCUCUUUA